AUGGGGACGUUCGGGUCUCAAACUAGCACUUACAACAGGCUGGUCACCGUGUUUGUUGCGAUUGGAUCACUGACAUACGGUUAUUGCGCGUCGAUCAUCUCCAGCACGAUCGGUCAACCCGGAUGGUACACCUAUUUCAAUCUCCCUGCCGAGGGAGAACCAGGAUAUGCGGCAAUCACCACCCCAGCCAUCUCCACCGCCAACGGCGUUUUCAGCGCCGGCGGUGCCGUCGGGGCACUGUUCAUAAUGUGGGCGUGUGAUUACUUCGGUCGAAAGGUCAACAUCCAGCUGGGCGCAUUUUUCUCCCUGUUCGGAGGUGCCCUUCAGGGCGGCGCCAACUCGCUAAAAAUGUUCCAGGCUGGCCGCUUUGUCUGCGGUCUCGGCAUCGGUAUCCUUGUCACCGUCUGUCCGAUGUACCUCUCGGAAAUGUCGAGCGCCUUCCGUCGUGGCUGGCUGGUGGGCCAUCAUGCCAUCUUCCUGGUCUUUGGAUACAUGCUUGCCGGGUGGGUCGGAUAUGCAUGCUACUUCGCGCAGGAUAAGCUGGGCACGUUCGGCUGGCGGUUCCCGCUGUGUCUGCAAUGCCUGCCGCCGCUAGUGUUGCUCGCCGGGUCGCCAUGGCUGCCGCGGUCUCCGCGAUGGUUGAUUUCUAAGGGGAAGCACGAGGAAGCAAAGCGGGUGCUUAACCGACUCCGGCAGUCCCCUGAUGAUCCGGAGAAUAUCGUCGCCAAGGAGGAAUACUACCAGACGGCGGAGCAGAUCCGUCUGGAGGCGCAGCGUCUCUCGGAGUAUGGAACCGUCUGGAACGCGGUCCUCAAGAAGAAAUCAUACAGGAAGCGGAUGGCGAUCGGGUUCCUCACGCAAUGGGGUGCGGAAUUCGGUGGGCCGUUGAUUAUUAACAACUAUGCCGUGCUUCUGUACUCGAACCUUGGCAUGGAGGGCGGCAUGCCGUUGCUGCUCAGCGCUGUGUGGUUGACCACUGCAGGUGUGAUCUACAACCCGCUCGGUGCAUGGCUGCACGACAAGGUCAAUUCCCGACGAGGCAUGUUUAUCACCGGAUUCAUUGGCAUCGUCGUCACCACGUCGUGUCUGGCCGCCAUGACCGCGGAGUAUGCAGGCACCACCAACCGCGUUGGCAACGGCUUUGGCAUCUUUUUCAUAUAUCUGUAUCUGGCGUUCCAGGGAACCUGCUGUGACACCACCAUGUACAUCUAUGUUUCAGAGAUCUUCCCUACCGAGAUCCGCCCCAUUGGCAUGGGCUUCUCGCUGUUUGGCCAAUUUGCCGCUACGAUUAUCCUUCUACAAACCGCCCCAAUGGGCUUCGGCAAUGUCGGCUGGAAAUUCUACCUGGUCAUCAUUUGCUGGUCGGCCUUUUUCAUCCCAGUAAUCUACUUCUUCUUCCCUGAGACCGCCCGCCUGACCCUGGAGGAGAUUGCAAAGAAAUUCGGCGAAGAGGUGGCUGUCCAUAUCACUGAUGCCCCGGACGAGGAGAAGGUCCGUAUUGAGCGGAACCUGGCCUUGAAGUACGAUGAUGGUCCUGGCCAGGCUCAGGCACCAGCUGAUAAUUCUCAUGGAGAGAGUUCCAGUCCUGACCUGUCUGCGGAUGGCCUCCAGGAAGCUCCUAAAACGGGCUAA